AAUGUUGGCGUGUUGGUGUGUUCAGAGCAUGAAGCAGCCGGAGCGCAAUAAAUCCACACAGCCAGGACCAAGGAAGAAAGAAGGAAAAAAUUGUGGUAAAUCAACUCAACAGGUAGAACAGUGUGUUCAGCUACAGCAACAAUAAUAACCAGGCUUUUAUAGUUACAAAAGUGUUGUGGAAAGAAACUUUCUUUCCACAACACGAGGCCUGGAGGGGACGGGGAUUGUUGACUGAUGUUUUUUGCACCAUAAAUCAAAAGUACAGGCGGUUGCAUUUUCCAAAACAUCACAGUUUAUGAAAGAAAAAAGAAUGCAUCAACUUCUAAAAAAAAAAAAGAUUAUCUCUCAGCUUCUUAUCACAGCUCUAAUCACACCCCAUGACAUGGCUGCAGCUUCAACUGGCAUUAAACCCUGAGGACUCUUGGGUCUGCAUGGCUGAGGACUGCAGGACAGCACGCUGCACAGUGCUGCACAAUACUGUCAGUCAUCACCGGGCUCUUGAGCUGCAGCGGGGAAGGGACUUAAAAGCUUGUUGUGUCUCCUCGGCCGCACGCUGCGCUGCUUUCCAUACGGGGCGGGGUGGCGCUUACUCCGGCGCACAGAGCGCAGAGCGCACCGUCACCCAGCUGCUCUCCCAGCAUCGUCUGCCACCGUCUGACCGGACGACAUGGGUCUGGAGAAGGAGAAAUCGGACACCAGUAUAAUUAUGGACGAGGAUGAGUUCAACAGAUCGAUAGAGCCCAUUCUGUCGAAGAAGGGGAAGGUGUACACGGCGGAACCGGACCGAGAUCCAAACGAUAUCAACGCGCACUUGAAGGUCGGGUUUGAAGAUGUCAUCGCGGAGCCGCUCUCCUCGCACAGCUUCGACAGAGUGUGGAUAGGAAGCCACGCCGUGUUCGAGCUGGUCAAAUUCAUCUUUUACCGCCUGCUGACCACGCUGCUGGCCGUGCCCAUGGCUUUCCUCCUCGGACUGGUCUUCGGGGUGCUCAGCUGCAUCCACAUCUGGUUGGUGAUGCCCCUGAUCCACAGCUUCAUGAUGCUGUUACCGUCCAUCCAGGUGGUGUGGAGGAGUCUGACGGACAUGUUCAUCAGACCGCUCUUCCACAGCAUGGGAAAGAGUCUGUCCUCCAUUCAAGUUAGAACCACGGAGAACUGACGCAGACGGCGCUCUGGCCCCCGAGCAGAUGGAAACACGGGGCAGAUUGGAGUCACUGGAAGAAAAGAAAAAAAAAAAAAGAGUGAACGAUGCAACUGAGAUACGUACAUGAGUUUUUAUAAAGUCAAAUACUAAAUUCUGACAAUCCUGUAAACAAGUGUAGAGUUACAUACUGCCUUUAUUUCAAUGUGACUAUUCAUAUUGAAACAACAGUAACCUGUGACCUCGAUGCCACAAAAUGUCUUUCUUUCUUUUUUUUUUUAAAAAAAACCAAAUUUAACCACGUUUGAGACGGAAAGAAACACAUGCACGUGGAUGUUUAUGGCUAAUGAACCCUAAAUAUCACCAUAGGAACAUAAGCUGUUAUGACAAACAGUUUGAGACUUUAUAAGGAGCUCAUGUGCACCACCCAAAAUGGAGUUGUUUUGCUGAUUGUGACCAAAAGAAAUUCCUGUCAUUCCAUCACUUUGUGGCUGAGGGAGAUGUGGAGGAGUGUAACUUUAUUGUUAAGGCAAACUUACUGCUGACCCCGCUAAGAGAUGUAAUAUUUCUGCUUUUUUUAGACUUAUAUAUAUAUAUAUAUAUUGUAUAUAUUGCAAUGAAUUCAGCUAGAAGUUGAAUGUAAUGAACUGAAUCAGAGUAGAUAUUCAGAGAGAGAUGCUAAGAUGCAGCUUGUUGCACAUUCGCAGGCUUAUUUUAUCUGCUGUGUUGAUCUCGCAGUGCGUUGGCAAUAAUACUGGGCAUUUGCCUUGAUAUGCAUCUACAGUAGAGCUGCUUUCACACGUUACUGAUCGGCUUCCUAAUUUAUUAUUUAUGCAACGACCGAUUCUUGAUUGGGAAACACUGAUAUUUGGCGGUAACUGACAUCAAAGACCUUCACUUCAGUAACUGCAGCGUGACAAAGAUGCGUCACAUCUCGGUUGAAGCUUCGGUAGAACUGAGACUUUGGUACAUGCAUAUUUAAUUCAGAGGUGUUUGUUGUUUGCUGCACUGCUGUGAGGUCGUGGGCCGGGUUUUGGAGUAUUUCUGCAGCCAGAAGGAAUCAGACAGCGAUAUGAUCUUUACCUUUUCCUUGCUGUGGAUUUGAUAAAGUUGAGUUUUUAGGUACAAGCCUGCACAGUUCACCUCUUGCUACGAGCUGUACAAUCUGAAAUCUAGAAGGUGAUAGAGAGAGAAUCAGUGUAACAGGUGUCAGCUGCUGUUAACUUAUACUGGUUUGUGCUUUCUAGUGGGAUUUCAGCUUUUCCAAGUUGCACUUUAAUUUUGUCCUUACAAGUGCAAACCCAGCUCUGAUAACCAGACACAUACUGUAUUUUCUAAUACCAUGUACUGUAUCUGUCUUUAAUCAUUGGAACCAAUGUGUAUGUUUCAUGUGAUGGAUGCAAACCUGUGCAGCCAUAAAAACUUACCAUCAAUAUUUUAAAGCUGCAUUCGUUUAUUUGAGUGCAGGCUGAAAGACAGCUGCUAUGGCUAACAUGUUAGCAACCAGUUGGCUAAUAUCACAUCCAGCAGACACAGAGCAGCUUCAUCAUUCAUUAAGAGUCAUGUUUCUGUUGAGAUGGAGAGUGUCGUUCCAAUAUUCAUUCAUUCAAUUCAGGGUUGAUGAGACUGAACUGUACCGGAAAAAUGGUGUAAAACCAAAACAUUCAGCUAAAAGGGGAUAAAAAACAAAAGCACAGUACGGCUGCAAAAUUGACAGAUAAUACAAGAGCUGAGAAAGGCUUUAUUGCAAAUACUGUUUUGUCCCGUUAUCGCAAGAUAAUUAUUCCCUUAUCUCGACAUAACAAAGCUUUGGGAUAAAAAAACAUUUGCUUUUACGGACUUUCUCAGCUUCCGUACAUCCGUACAUGUAGGUAUUUGAUCCAAUAUAAGUAAUGUCGAUUGAUAGUGGAGCUUUAAACUAACAGCUAACACCGGUCACAGUUAAAUCGUCAUGGCCGGAUCUGCUUGUUUGUGCACUUGCUCACUAAAACAAAGAGCUGUGAUCAUUGGAGAAAGUGUUAUUGUACAGCACUAUUCCAACAUUAAGUGGAUAAACUUUUCAUUUCAAUAAGUAAAGGUGAAAAAAAUCACUGUACUAAAAUGUGGACUGUUUCAGAACGCGCAUAUGAACCUAUAACUCUUUGGGUUGUCAUCCAGAUUUUCCAGAAAGAAAGGAGCACAAUUCAUGUAACUCAUAUUUGCAUCUUUGACAAUUCCAACCUGUUGCUCAACAUUGCUGCAAGCUAACCAGCUGAACCUCGACAGCAGAGAGUCAGACAGACGUCUGACACUGCAUGAGGUGAUGUUUUGUUUCCAGCAGCUCUGUCACAGCUUUAAUCCUUUCACUGGUGUUUAACUGUUGACAAGCCACCAGACAGCCAAGCAGAGGAAAUUAGAGGUAGCUGUUGCGCAAUAGAGGAAAGACACAGGUGUGUGGCUAAAGCGUUUUCUCUCCUCAGCAUGACAUGUAGCACUAAACAUCCUCCGCUCAGCCCAGCUAUCCUUCAAAUGUCAUAUAUCUUUAUUAGACAAAUAAAUCAUAGUGUGACCUGCA